CAGACGACACGUCAGGAUGAUCGAGGGGUUGGUUCAACAUGGCGGCGUCCAUCAGCAGUACCGUGGCACAGAGUUUUCCUGAUAAAAUGUCUUUCGGCGGAGAAAUUCAACUGAAGACGGUCGAGAUGCACACAUGUGGUGAGCCACUUCGUAUAGUUAUUUCUGGUUAUCCUAAAUUCGAGGGCGAAACGAUUCUCGACAAAAGACGAUUUGCACGGGAGAAGUUGGAUCAGUUACGGAAAAUGUUGAUGUUCGAACCACGCGGCCAUUAUGACAUGUACGGUGCGAUUUUGGUCGAACCUGACUUAGCCGGGGCAGACAUUGCGACUUUGUUUACUCACAAUGAAGGAUACAGCACCAUGUGCGGCCAUGGUGUAAUUGCUUUGGGUCGUUUUGCCGUGGAUAACGGCUACGUAAAGCCUCAGAUACCAGAAACUGUGGUAGCAGUGCAGUGUCCGUGUGGACUGGUGAAUGCAUUCGUCGAGUAUGAUGGAAAGAAAACUGGGCGUGUCAGAUUCCACAGUGUGCCCGCCUUUGCAUUUGCUCUUGGUGCUAACGUGAAUGUACCAGGACACGGUGAUAUCAAAGUGGACAUUGGAUAUGGUGGCGCCUUCUACGCCUUCAUCACAGCACAAGAAUUUGGUCUUGAUGUCAGGACAAGUCGUGUCCGUGAUAUCGCUGAUCUCGCUACCUCCGUUAAGAAUGCUGUCAAGGCGCAGGUUCCACUGAGCCACCCAAUAAAUGAAGACCUUGCAUUCCUUUAUGGAGUGAUUGUUACUGAUGGUGAUGAUAAAUGGAGUGACAAACCAACUGCCAACAUAUGUGUCUUCGCUAAUGCUGAGGUUGACAGGUCGCCGUGUGGGUCAGGAACAACAGCCCGCGUUGCAGUACAGUAUGCCAAAAAUCAGCUUGCCCUUGGUCAAACCCGUGGCUUUGAGAGUGGCGUCAAUGGCACCAUGUUCACAGGUAAACCCAUUCAGACAACCAAGUGUGGUUCUUUAGAUGCAGUUAUUGUUGAGGUCUCAGGGAAAGCGAAUUACAUCGGAGAAGCAACUUAUACCCUAGAGGAAGACGAUCUGGUUGGAAAAGGAUUUUUGUUGAGGUAGAUCAAACAGGGACUGAUUGAGUCUAGUUGUACCUUUAAAGGUUCAAGGGUCAUCAUAUAUUUUUGUUGGGAAUGAAAUGAUGAUUUAUAGGCUUGAAAAAUAAGAUACAAUAAAGUUCACAUGAAAGUUUCAGCUGAAAACCAAGUCUACUUGCAGGAAAACAUCAGAAAACUGUUACGCCAAUAUCUCAAGAACAAUGAAUUCAACCAUGUUUAGCAGUGGGUCCAAACCACAUCUCUGGCCGCAGCUUUCACGAACGGACACUAACUCUCGCAUUGAAAUGUUUUGAGGUAAAAAGUUAUCCAAACCACAUAACUUCCAAGUGAAUUCUUUCUCAAAAUAAUUUAUACUUUCUCACCAAGUACGUUUUUAAUGUCAACUAGUUUUUAACAAUCCAUGGCCCUAUCUGUGAAGACACACUACUAGAAUAUUUAAAGACAUUGUAAAGGAGAAUUUACCAACAUAAGACCCUACUUUGAAAGACAAACUAAAAGUUAUGUAAAAUGAAAUAUCACACAAAACUUAUCAUGUUCAACUUGAAACAUUACUCUUUAAUAUAUCAAAUAUAUCAGUACCAAUUCCCAAGAGACAAGCUGAGGAAAACAUAUUUUAAGACAACCCUAAAUCACUGUGGCCUGGUUCGAUUGCUUGAGCAGGAAAACAAACAAGCCUGUGUAUGAGCAUGGGUGACUGUGGUCCAGUAGUUAGACAGCAGGACUUGCAAUCACAAGGUUGUGGGUUUGAAUCACAAUUUCUUGAUUUGUGCAAUUGAACCAAUGUUUGUGUGGGAGAGAUCGGCUGUAUGGAGUUUAUGUCCCCUUGUGGGAGUUUGGUGAGUUCCCUUUUGCGUAAAGAUUAUCUAAAUGACCAAUCAAACAAACAAACAAACAAACAAAUAAACAAACAAACAAAAAGAUUAAUAGAAAUAUUUUUAAUAAUAUAAAUGCAUAAAUGAUACU